UUCAACAUGUGGAUGUUUUGCAAAAAUAGCAGUUUGUAGUUCACACGGACCGUAAGACUUCUCAUCUCUCAUACCAAAGCCAAGAUCUGUGUUUUGAAGUAGACAAAAGUCAACAACAAUGAGUUUGGGCAGCACCAGUACAGAAUCUGAAGUUUCAGAGGAUGAGAUGGAAGAUUGUCCUUUGGGUCAGGAUGACGACUGUGACCACGGAAGCCCCGGAAAGCUUCGUUCAGAGCGCUCAAUGUCAUCUGGCCCAAGUGACACGGAGGACGUCAAAGCAGUUAAGAGCCGUACUCGGCCAAAGAGGUCCAAAGCCCGAAGAGUCGCUGCCAACGUCCGAGAACGGAAGCGCAUCCUGGACUACAACCAGGCCUUCAAUGCAUUGCGCACUGUCCUCAAACAUGAUCUUAGCGGAAAGCGCCUGUCCAAGAUCUCCACGCUCCGCCGUGCCAUCCACCAUAUUUCAACUUUGUCUUUGUAUCUGAGGACACAUUCAACCACAGAACCACGGGCACCUCCGUGUACCCAUAUGGAGUGCUACCGGCAGCCGGAAGUGAACAGUUCCCUGUCUGGGAAGACAGGAACUUUUCAGGAACCGAUGGAUAACUACAUUCCUCAUCAGCCGGAGCUCACAGUCUCUACACAGAUGUAUCAGGACUCAUCAAACUCGACACCAUCUCAAAACUACAACCACUGUGCAACCAACAGUCAGGGACACUGGGAGGACCAAAGCAGUGAUUGCUAUGGUGGAGGACCUGGAUAUCAACAUGGGACGAGGGUCACCUGUCAUCAGAACCACAUGGAAACUUAUGCAGAUUCUUCUAACCCUUCUCUGGCUCUGCAGCUGAGUUACCUUCAAUGUCAUGGAUACCAGCAGUUUCUGAGUAUGCACUGACUUUUGUUAUGCUAGUUUUGAUGAAAAGCAUUAGCAUUUUUGUUUAAUAUAAUAGUGUACAUUAAGAGUAUUUUUUGAUACAUUUCUCAGGAUAAAAAAAUAUACUGUAUAUUACAGCAAAAAUCCUCAUUUUGAAUUCCAUUGUAAAUAAUAUUAAAAGAAAUAUGUCACAAAAAGAAAUUGAAUGAUUUUAUUGUUACUUAAAGGCUGGUUUCACGAUUUUGUUACCACCUUCCACCAUCAAACCCUCAAAUAAAGCAGCGUAUUAUACUUUUUAAACCACUGUCCUUAAAGGUCACUGUAAAAAAAAAAAAAUAUUUUCAUGAUUUGUAAUCACAACAUUUCUUUUGUCAAAUCAACUUAGAUAAUUUAUGUAGUUCAGAUAACAUGAUAUUUUGAGUUGCUGGUGAUUAAAUUCAUCUCCAUUAUAUUAACUCUUUUUUUCUAUUUCAAUGAACUUAA